GUGAAAGGGAUCCCGAGGGACUUUCACUAACGGACAACAUUCCGAUUCGAACAAAAUACAUACAUUCCAACUCGAAAAAUAUAUUAGUUUCUCACAGUAGCAACUACACUUGAGAGAAGCCCUCAAUGCGACCGAUGUCAAGAGCAGUUUCACUCCCAAGGUUCCGCCUUGGUGGAAGAGCGACGAUCCCCGCACGGGUGCCGUUCGCUCGAUACAACCAUGUAGAGGCCACGCGGCAACCUCGCGAUAAUUCUAACGGUCGCAGUUCCGCACAAUGGGGUCUCACGGGUCUGGUCACUGGAAUUGGAGGAUGUCUGUUGGUUUCUCGAUGGCAAUCGUCAGAUUCACCUCAAGUAGAUUCACCAGAGGUCGAGGGUGCAAAGGGUGUUGAGUAUGCGGAUAAAGAGGCUAUGAUAAAGGGAAUCAAGAUAAUUGAGGAGACUCUAGGAGAGGACUCGGUUUCUUGGGAUGAGGAGGAAAUUGCGAUUCAUGGAUAUUCUGAAUUAUCCACUUCGAAUUGUCAGGCGAGGCCGGUGGCUGUUGCUAGGCCGAAGAGUACGGAGGAUGUGGCAUUUAUCGCGAAGAUUUGUACUGCCUUUAAGAUUCCAAUGAUUCCAUUUGCUGGUGGCUCAAGCGUCGAAGGGAACUUUGUCGCGCCAUAUUCGGGAUUAACCAUUGACUUCUCGGAUAUGAAGCAGAUUAUCUCAUUUCACCCGGAAGAUAUGGACGUUGUAGUCCAACCGGGGGUGAAUUGGGUUGAUCUCAACAAUCUCCUCAAAAAUAGUGGGCUUUUCUUACCACUAGAUCCCAGUCCCACGGCAUUGAUCGGCGGUAUGGUCGCAACAAAUUGCAGCGGAACAAACGCUGUGAGAUACGGCACAAUGAAGGAUUGGGUCGUCAAUGUUACAGUUGUCUUAGCGGAUGGAAGCGUGAUUAAAACAAGACAUCGGCCGCGGAAAACAUCUGCUGGAUAUAACUUGACGUCCCUGUUCACCGGCAGUGAAGGAACACUCGGAAUGAUCACAGAAAUCACUCUGAAGCUGGCAACCAUACCGGAGAAGCAAAGUGUAGCCGUUGCCACAUUUCCCUCCAUCCGCGAGGCAGCGGCCACCGCAUCCAAAAUCAUGCGUACAGGAAUCCAAAUCGCUGCUCUGGAGAUGAUGGACGAGACUCAAAUGAUGGUCAUCAAUAAGAACGGAGGAGCGGGGGGUAGACUCUGGGAGGAGAAACCCACGUUGCUCUUCAAAUUCUCGGGCACACCAAGAGCUAUAGAAGAGGAUGUUGAACGAGUUCGAACAAUCAGCUCGCAACAUGGAGGAGAGAACUUUGAGUUCGCGAAGAGUGAUGAGGAAAUGAACAGUCUUUGGGCAGCGAGAAAAGAGUCUUUGUGGGCAAUGCUUGCGGUGCGACCUGAGGGUACCCAGAUCUGGUCUACUGAUGUGGCUGUGCCAUUAUCGAGAAUGGCAGAGAUUAUUGACCUCUCUAAGAAGGAAUCCGGCCAAUUGGGGCUCUUCUCGAGUGUUCUAGGACAUGUUGGAGAUGGAAACUUCCACCAAGCUGUGAUGUAUAAUCCAAACGACCCAGACCAGAAGCAAUCUGUUCGAGACUGUGUACUGGCAAUGGUACACAGAGCUGUGGAGAUGGAGGGAACGGUUUCGGGCGAGCACGGCAUUGGCCUCGGGAAAAAGGAGUGCUUGUUAGAAGAGCUGGGACCUGAAACUGUCGGGGUUAUGCGCACAUUGAAGCGCAGUUUGGAUCCUCAUUGUUUGCUCAAUCCAGGAAAAAUAUUCGACUAGCCAAAUCAGUGGAGUGCUAUUCUAAAAUCAAAUUAUAUAUAUCAAAGAAAAACAACUGUGAAUAUGCGAGGUACUGGAACUAGUUUCCAAAUCUGAAAGGUCUGUUUUCCAGUCUAACAACUCAUGUGAAGGAAGAUAUAGUCCAUAGAAUAGAAUGCAUGUCAGUCACGCUUCGUCAUAUAAUCAUACCCCCGAUCAACCAUAGCCUUCGUAUUCCUGGUGUGCUCGUCAAGGUCCUCCCGGGGAAGACCAAGCGGCUCAUUAGCCAAAGCAUGCUUGCUCUCAUAGUCCCCAUCUCCAUUUGGAAACAAGACACGCGAGUACAUUGCUUGAAGAAAACCACCGUGUUCUCCAUUCUUCAUCCGCUCGAGUCCCUUUU